CCUUCCGCAGAGGAGACUCCAAGGGAAUGCCCUUGUGCGUGUUAGUGUUAGUACGAAGCUCCAGCUCCUAGUUUUUCAUUCUCACUUUACCUUUUUAACCAACAAUCAACCACCAGUCUCCUACUUUGCUGCACUCUCAGUCGACUUCCUAAUAACCUUCCAGCACCACGAAGCUAUCGACAGGAUCAUCUGGGAGGUACUCGCUCUCCUCUACUCGUCGGCUAGCUGUCUACCACGCAUUUUGGUGGGCUGAUUCGAGCAAUGUGGACACUGAGCCAACACGAUGCUGCAGCCGCCAUCGCUUUCGUGAUUGUGGUGUACGUCGGGUGGAACGUCGCGUCUUCUGUGGUAGCGAGACGUGCUGUAAAUAAGGUGCUGGCAGACCAGGUGAUCUACGAACCACCAUCGCUGCCCGUACUAGGACACACACUGGAACUGGCAAACAACAAGGAUCACCUUCAUGACUGGUUCACGGAAAAAUCUUUGGCUGCAGGUGGACGACCGUGGGUCCUGCGGAUCAUUGGGCGUCCACCUACAUUGGUUCUCACGUCUCCUAAAGAGAUUGAAGAAGUGUUCAAGACCCACGUGAACAUUUUCGAAAAGGGUCCCGAUAUUCGUGAGAUCGGCUACGAUUUCUUCGGUGAGGGGAUCGUCGGCGUGGAUGGCGAAAAGUGGCGGCAACAGAGACGCACUGCUAGCCACUUGUUCUCGAUGAACAUGCUCAAGGACAAAAUGGACGCUGUGGUGAUCGAGAAAUCUCUGCAACUUCGAGAUGUACUGGCCGAAUGUGCGCGUUUAAACAAACCGGUUAGCAUGAAAUCGUUGCUGUCAAAGUUAUCGAGUGACGUGUUCACAAAAAUUGGCUUUGGCGUCGAUCUCAACGGUUUAGGAGGUGACGUCGAUGUCGAGAUGGAACAUCCGUUCAUCAAGGCCGUCGAGACGUUCGGUUAUGUCUUCCAGUCUCGACUGCAGAGUCCCAUGUGGCUGUGGAGGCUGAAGAAGCGCUUUGGCUUAGCAGAAGAAGGAGAACUUCGUAAGGCUAAAAAAAUUGUACACGAUCUUGUGAUGGAGAUCAUGAAGAAAUCCAUUACAGACAAGAACGCAGCAACAAGUUCAAAGCAAGAGAAGGACUUGAUCACGCUCUUCAUGGAUACUAUGGAUAGCACUGCGGACGUGAUGGAAGUCCGCAAUGCCGUUAUGAACUUCUUUCUGGCUGGCAAAGACACGACGACCUUCAGUAUGUCCUGGAUGAUAGUCAACAUGAACCGGUACCCGCGUGUUUUGGACAAGAUCCGAGCCGAGAUCAACUCGAAUUUGCCUGAAUUGGUGUCGGGUGAGUUGGAGGCCCCAUCGAUGUCCGAUCUUCAGAAGUUGCCAUACCUGGAAGCGGCUAUGAGGGAGAGUCUUCGGCUGUACAUGGCCACUGUUCAUCGCGCGCCUAACCAGUCCGUCACUGUGGAAGGUGGCCUGCAUGUUCCAUUUGGCACUCACGUUAUCGUGCCAACUUACGCCAUGGGACGUAUGACGAAUGUGUGGGGUGAAGAUGCCGCUGAGUACCGACCGGAGCGCUGGAUUGAUGACGACGGGAACGUUAUCAAGAUAUCGCCGUUCAAGUUCUUCAGUUUCUUGGCUGGUCCCCAUCAGUGUCUGGGAAUGCGCUUUGCUCUGCUAGAGAUGGAAACGGUGAUGGCUGUGCUUCUGAGUCGCUUCGACCUUAAGACCGUCGAGAACCCGUUCGAUAUCACCUACGACUUCAGCGUCACGCUUCCCGUCAAAGGCCCGCUAGAGUGCACGAUCCACGAUCGCUUGGUUUCAAGCAGCUAGCCGUUAGAUUAAGGUGUUUUUCCUUAAGCAAUUACAGAGUCCAUUACAGUUUACUGUUAGCGUGUCGUGUGCAUCCUCAGGACGCGAAGCUUAAAAAAGUCGGGC